GUAUGAGUAAUCCGGAAUAUCUAUCCGAUGAUAUUUUGGAUGAGGAGUUUUUGAAAAUCUUCGAAAACAUCAGGCGAUUUCAACUCUUCCUCGGCUGUUGUCGGGUUGACGCGCGAGAUCGCUUUGUAACCGAACCCACUAUAAACCAAAAAGUGUAUACUAUAGCUAUAAUUAUAUUUGUAAUUUAUGGAUAUUAUGAUAUAGCUCAAUAUAAUUCGACUAUUGAUAUACAGUUAUUGGAUAGAUUAUUUUUCACUAGUUUUCUAAUUAAUAACGUAUUGAUUUACGCAAUGGGUGUUAUUCAUGUUCGAUUUCUGAACAACAAAAAGAACGCAGAUCUUUACAUCAAAUUGUGCAAAUUGAGUCGCUUAUUCAAACCCAAUUACAAGAUGACUGUGCAGAAACUGAUUUACUCUAACGAUAAGCGCGUCUUAACGUUAUAUUCGCUGGGUAUUGGUAUGUUGUUCAUAGUUAUUGUGAUAGGACAACGAUUUGUGCUGUCAAGCUUAGCAAUAUUGAUUGUACAGUCAAGUAUGCAUAUGGAAAUAUUUCACUGCUCCAAUAUUAUGGUCUUUUUUGGGUUUCAUAUGCGUUUAGUAUACUAUAUGAUAACACAUCAUUUGAACCGUUAUGAAAUCUAUGUUGAUAUAAAAGAUGUACCUUUGAUGAGCGAGGUUCGAAUGAGGGAAGUGUUGGGUCCUGUUGGUGACACAGACUUCGUUGAUUUCCCCCUGGAAGUCUUUGGGGAGACUAAUGGGACUAUUAUAGUUGUAUCAACAGCUUUAUUGGAUCUAAUGGGUAUAUUUUUCUUCUGUUUUCACGCAGAAGUGUUUCAGAGAGAAGUUACAAGAGUCAAGCAGUCAUCAAUUAAUAUUAUGUCCGUUUAUCCUAACGGGCCUUUAAGAAAGAAGGCGCAGAAGAUAUUCAAGCUGAUAGAAAACUCACCGCCCCGCUUCUCUGUGUACGGCAUGUGGCAGAUAUCGGCUCACACGUUUAUACAACUCUGUACCCUUAUGACAUGGCUACUUGUGACCUUGCUACAAUUUACAUUCCUAUAG